AUGCAGGGUCGCAAACGUGGUGCAGGUGUUGCACAAACACCAUACAGAUUCGAUUACUACACAACUGAUGAAUUCAAUAACAAGAAGUUGCUGUCUGCGAUCGGAAGUCUUGUUGUGUUCAUAGCCUACUUUGCGUACUUGAGGCAAAGCUCGUUCAUGGUCGUCUUUCACAGGGAACCAUCAGACUUGGACGAGAUCUGGACCACUCCUCCUCAUGUUUUGACUGCAAAUUUCCAAAGAAAGAUGCUUCGUGAGCAAAUUAAACAGGUACAUCGGCAACCUUCUUGUUCUUUCAUCUCAUCCUUAUCAAUUUGA